CAGGGACCGCCGGGAGGCGAGGUGUGGUUACGGGAAGAAGCGCCGCGCACGCCACCAUGUCCCGGGCUCGCGUCCCGCUGUGGGCCCUCUGCGUGCUGCGGGUGGCGCUGGCCACCGUCUACUUCCAGGAGGAGUUUCUCGACGGAGAACGCUGGAGGAACCGAUGGGUGCAGUCCAUCAAUGAUUCCCAAUUUGGGCAUUUUAGACUCUCAUCGGGGAAGUUUUAUGGCCACAAAGAGAAAGACAAAGGUCUGCAAACUACUCAGAAUGGCCGCUUCUAUGCCAUCUCUGCAAGCUUCAAACCAUUUAGCAACAAAGGGAAGACUCUGAUCAUUCAGUACACAGUAAAACAUGAGCAGAAGAUGGACUGCGGAGGGGGGUACAUUAAGGUCUUCCCUGCAGACGUGGAUCAGAAGAACCUGAAUGGAAAGUCGCCGUACUAUAUUAUGUUUGGACCUGAUAUUUGUGGAUUUGAUAUCAAGAAAGUUCAUGUUAUUUUACAUUUCAAGAAUCAGUAUCAUUCAAACAAGAAAUUAAUCAGGUGUAAGGUUGAUAGCUUCACACAUCUCUACAGUCUGAUUUUAAGACCAGAUCUUACUUAUGAAGUGAAAAUCGAUGGUCAAGCCAUUGAAUCCGGCAGCAUAGAGUAUGACUGGCACUUAACGUCACUUAAGAAAAUGGAAAAGUCUUCAGCAGAGCCUAAGGAUUGGGAUCAGGCCAAAGAUGACAAAGCCCAGGACUGGGAGAAGCAUUUUCUGGAUGCCAGUGCCAGCAAGCCGAGUGACUGGAACAGCGAGCUGGAUGGGGACUGGCAGGCGUCCAUGCUCCAGAAGCCCCUGUACCAGAAUGGCCUGAAACCAGAGGGGAUCGAUAAAGAUGUUUGGCUCCAUCAGAAGUUGAAAAACACCAACUAUUUGACAGAGUAUGAUCUCUCCGAAUUUGAGAACAUUGGGGCCAUCGGACUGGAGCUUUGGCAGGUGAGAUCUGGAACCAUCUUUGAUAACUUCCUGAUCACAGACGAUGAAAAGUACGCUGAGAAUUUUGCCAGGGCUACCUGGGGUGAAACCAAGGGCCCAGAAAGGGAGAUGGAUGCUAUACAGGCCAAGGAGGAAAUGAAAAAAGCCCGUGAGGAAGAUGAGGAGGAGCUGAUGGUACGAAAGUUUAAUGGACAUGAAAAUCAUUUCAGUAGAUUUCACAGGCGGGAUGAACUUUAGUCCUCCCCAUUAUAGAUAAAAUUGACUGGUAAAACCUCUCUUCUACUUUAAUUUACAUUUAAAAGCCCAAAUGUUUACAUGGUUAUCGGUCUAAUUUUCUUUGAAAAAUGUUCCCAUGCUUCUCAGUGGGGUCGGUCACAUUUUCCCCAAUGACCCCCAUACACGCAGAAGUCUCCUCUCAACAGAUGUGAGCGCUGGAAGCCAGAGGCCAGCAAGAGUCUGGCCAAAUAUAUGACACUCUUUUCUUAACCCCCAAAAUGUGGUUUAUAAAAUAAAAGUUGGUAAAACUUC